GGAAAACAUGGGAGAACGAAAAGUACUGAACAAAUACUACCCGCCGGACUUUGAUCCGUCGAAGGUUCGGCGACGGAGCAAACCUCUGCAGAUGACAGUCCGGAUGAUGCUUCCAAUGAGUAUCCGGUGCGCAACUUGCGGAAAUUACAUGUCUAAAGGUACAAAGUUCAAUAUCAGGAAAGAAGAUGUGGCAAAAGAGAGGUAUUUGGAUUGUAUUCAAAUAUUCCGUCUCUAUUUCAAGUGUAACAAUUGCUCAGCAGAGAUUACGAUUAAGACCGACCCAAAAAACUCAGAUUAUGUCGUUGAAUCGGGCGCGAAAAGGAAUUUCGAACCCUGGCGUGCGGAUGAUGAGGAAGAAGACAAAGAGAAGCGGAAAAGGGAGGCUGAAGAAAUGGGAGAUUCGAUGAAAUCUUUGGAGAAUCGAACUUUAGAAUCAAAACGACAAUUGGAUAUGGAUGCUGCUUUGGCUGAAAUAAAAUCUAUGAAGUCAAGGCAAGCAACUCUAAAUGUGGCGGAUAUGCUAGAUGAUUUGCAAAGCUCGCGGCGGUCGCAGGAAGAGAUAGAAAAAGAGUUGAGUGAAGAAGAUGAAGCUCUAGUGAGAUCCAUAUUUAACAGAACAUCAAACCAUGGAUUAAUUGUCCGAAGGAUUAAUGAUGAAGACAUCGCUGAUGAUGAUGAUGGAUAUGAUUUUAGGUCAAAGAGGACAAAACUGGACCAUGAACAAACUGUAAGCAACCCACUAGGCAAAGAUAAAGUGGAUGUUUCAGCUGGCUCAUCAAACGGGAAAAAUAUUAUUUUUAGGUCGCCGGCCGUGAGGGUUUCUGUUAAGAAGAAAGAAUCUUCUGGAGUUAAAGUUAAAGGAGAGACGGUAGAAGGAUCAACCUCUGGAUCUGCUGGUUUGCAAUCAUUGUUUCAACAAUAUGAGAGUGAGGAUGGUGACUAAUUUUAUUAUUAUUUUUUUUUUAAUAUAGUCUCUCGUUUUACAAAACUAGUUAACCUUAUUAUACCGUUUUAGUUUAAAAUGACGAGUACAUUUUUAAAACGUCUAUUUCCUCUUAUUGAAAGGACACCUGAUAUUAUAUUAGGCUUCAAAUGGUGUUAAGACUUUUCCCAUAGGUGAACAUCCGAUAUCACAGUUUGAUUGUAGCAUUUGGUUCCAAGCUACUGUUCUGCCUCUUGAUUCCGGCUCUGCUGCUGAUCUCGGUCACCGAAC